CACUGAGAGGGAAGACGCUGAACAAGAGAGAGGCUGUGGAGGCCAGCUGGAGACGUGAAGGCACAGAGCCACGAAGGCAGAGGCUGGCAGGAGGCCUUGGGCACACAGGAGCAUCGUUCCAGUUCCUUGUCAAUAUCCCGUCACUGCUACCAGCUCCAUGGAGAUAAUAUUUGGCAGAAACAGAAAAGAACAGCUUGAGCCUGUGCAGGCCACAGUGACAGGCAAGAUCCCAGCAUGGCUUCAAGGAACCCUGCUUCGCAACGGGCCGGGGAUGCACACCGUGGGGGAGAGCAAAUACAACCAUUGGUUUGAUGGCCUGGCCCUUCUGCACAGCUUCUCCAUCAGAGACGGGGAAGUCACUUACAGGAGCAAAUACCUGCGGAGUGACACCUACAAUGCCAACAUCGAAGCCAACAGGAUUGUGGUGUCUGAGUUUGGAACAAUGGCCUACCCCGACCCCUGCAAGAACAUCUUUGCUAAAGCUUUCUCUUACCUGUCCCAUACCAUCCCUGACUUCACAGACAACUGCCUGAUCAACAUCAUGAAGUGUGGUGAAGACUUCUACGCAACCACCGAAACCAAUUACAUCAGGAAAAUCGACCCACAGUCCCUGGAGACCCUGGAAAAGGUUGAUUACCGCAAGUAUGUGGCCAUAAACCUGGCGACAGCACACCCUCAUUAUGACAAGGCUGGAAACGUUCUCAACAUGGGCACAUCCAUCGUGGACAAAGGGAAGACAAAAUACGUGAUAUUUAAGAUCCCGGCCACAGUGCCAGAGGCCAAGAGGAAGGGGAAAAGCCCCUGGAAGCACACCGAGGUGUUCUGUUCCAUCCCCUCUCGCUCACUCCUCUCCCCCAGCUACUACCACAGCUUUGGUGUCACAGAGAACUUCGUGGUUUUUCUGGAGCAGCCUUUCAAGUUGGACAUCCUCAAGAUGGCCACUGCCUAUGUGCGAGGAGUGAGCUGGGCUUCCUGCAUGUCUUUCCACAGGGAGGACAAGACUUACAUUCACGUCAUCGACCAGAGAACCAGAAAACCCGUGUCAACUAAGUUUUACACAGACCCCAUGGUGGUCUUCCAUCAUGUCAAUGCCUAUGAAGAGGAUGGCUACAUUCUGUUCGAUGUCAUCGCCUAUGAGGACAACAGUCUCUAUCAGCUCUUCUACCUGGCCAAUCUGAACCAGGACUUCGGGGAGAACUCAAGGCUGACCUCAGUGCCCACCCUCAAGAGGUUUGCUGUGCCCCUCCAUGUGGACAAGAAUGCUGACGUAGGCUCAAAUUUAAUCAAAGUGGCAUCCACUCAAGCAACAGCCCUGAAGGAGAAGGACGACCAAGUGUACUGCCAGCCCGAGGGGCUUUAUGAAGGCCUAGAGCUCCCUCGGAUCAAUUAUUCUCACAACGGAAAGCCAUAUCGAUAUAUCUUCGCUGCUGAAGUUCAAUGGAGUCCAAUCCCAACUAAGAUACUGAAAUAUGACAUUCUCACAAAAUCCUCCUUAACAUGGAGUGAGGAGUGCUGCUGGCCUGCAGAACCUCUGUUUGUACCCACUCCGGGUGCCAAGGAUGAGGAUGACGGAGUCAUUUUAUCAGCCAUCGUCUCUACUGAUCCACAAAAGCCACCUUUUCUGCUUAUCCUGGAUGCCAAAAGUUUUACAGAAUUGGCUCGUGCCUCCGUUGAUGUGGACAUGCACCUGGACCUCCACGGGUUAUUUGUCCCAGAUGCAGACUGGGAUGUGAGCAACAAGACCUCUUCCAAUAUUCAGUAGGAAGAGGCUUCAGAUGGCUACAUGGCCCCACAGGCCUGAUGGUGCCCGGCUUGGGUCCUGAGAGAAUAGCUUCACAGGCAGGGACCCUUGAGACACUAGGUGUAAUGGUUAAUAUUAUCAACUUGGCAGGAUCUACAAUCACCUAGGAGACAAACCUAUGUGUGUGUCUUAAGGGGGUUUCUAGAUUGGGCUAACUGGGGUGGGAAACCCCAUCCUAACUGUGGGCGAUGCUAUUCCAUGAGCUGGGGUCCUGAACUGAGUGAAGAGGAGAGAGCAAGGUGAGCACCAGCAUUCAUCGCUUUCUUUCUCUGCUUCCUGACUGUGGACUUAAUGUGAGCAGCCACCUCCUGCUCUUGCCACCACACCUUUUCUACCAUUAUUGACUGACCCCUCAAACCAUGAUCCCAAGUGAAUGCUUUCUUCCCUAAAUUAGGGAGGCUGAGGAAGGAAGACAUGGUCAAUUUGAGGCCCUCCUGGGCUACAGAGCAAGUUCUCUGUCAGCCUGGGUUAGGUUGAGACCCUACCUUGUAAAAAACAAACAUCUUCAUUAAAUUGCUUUUGUGAAGUAUUUUAUCCUGGCACUGUGAAAAGUAAUAAACUAAUACAUAAACCUUU